AUGAUCGAAACGUACAGCCAACCUUCUCCCCGCUCUGUGGCCACUGGACCACCCGUCAGUAUGAAAAUUUUUAUGUAUUUACUUACUAUUUUUCUUAUCACCCAGAUGAUUGGGUCAGCGCUUUUUGCUGUGUAUCUUCACAGAAGAUUGGACAAGAUAGAAGAUGAAAGGAAUCUUCAUGAAGAUUUUGUGUUCAUGAAAACGAUACAGCGGUGCAGCAAAGGAGAGGGGUCCUUAUCAUUACUGAACUGUGAGGAAAUUAGAAGCCGGUUUGAAGACCUGGUCAAGGGUAUAAUGCAAAGCAAAGAAGUGAAGAAGAAAGAAAAAAACUUUGAAAUGCACAAAGGUGAUCAGGAUCCUCAAAUCGCGGCACAUGUCAUCAGUGAGGCCAGUAGUAAAACAGCAUCUGUUCUCCAGUGGGCCCCCAAGGGAUACUACACCCUAAGCACCAACUUGGUAACCCUCGAAAACGGGAAACAGCUGGCCGUGAAAAGACAAGGACUCUAUUACAUCUACGCCCAGGUCACCUUCUGUUCCAAUCGGGAAACUUCGAGUCAAGCUCCAUUUAUAGCCAGCCUCUGCCUGAAGUCCCCAGGUGGAGCGGAGAGAAUCUUACUGAGAGCUGCAAAUACCCGCAGCCCCGCCAAGCCGUGCGGGCAGCAAUCCAUUCACUUGGGAGGAGUCUUUGAAUUGCAACCGGGUGCUUCGGUGUUUGUCAACGUGACUGAUCCAAGCCAAGUGAGCCACGGGACUGGCUUCACGUCGUUUGGCUUACUCAAGCUCUGAACGGUGUAAGCUGGCAGGUUGCGGCUGGGCCGAUGCUGGCGGCUUCACAGUCGAGCAAAGCACUUGAGACCGCCCACCGCACCCCGUUGGACUGCCUAUUUAUAACCCUAGGAUCCUCCUCACGGAGAACUAUUUAUUAUACAUCCCGAGGCAUGUAGGGCUGCAAUGAGUGAAUUACCGGGCGGAGGAAACCCCUGUUCCAUAAGAGCUUAUAGUCUGAAGCAGCAACCCCACUGAUGCAGACAUCCAGAGAGUCCUAUGAAAAGACAAAGCCAUUACGCACAGCUCGAAUUCUGAGCAAAC